AAAAGCCCUCACAGUCAAAAACAAUGAGGGCGCACGACGCGCAACUCGCUCCAAGCCUCUCCAACAGCGGCGGACUUUCUCUCCGCCUGGAUCCGUAGCAUGCGUCUCUGCGCCGGCGACAGCCACAAGGACCACAAGGAUAUAACUUGACUGGCUUUUCUGGAGGGUGUUUUGAACAAAUUUGGAGACGUUUUUUUUUUUGGAGGAGGACGAGGAGGAGGUGGGAAGGGGAAACCAUGCCCUUUUGCAAGCGGACGAUACUUCCCAAAGAUGUGUGCAAACCCGACGGCAGGAGGAGGCUGCAGGAGGAGCGCCCGGGGCCGAUUCUGGGAGACUUGGUGGACGUGUGCAGCUUCACCCUGUGCUCGGUGCUCCGGCAGCUCUCGGAUCUGUCCCGGCACUCGGUCAGCAUCCUGGAGGAGCUGGAGGGAGAGCUGGUGUCCAUCUGCCACCGCUCCGGCGCGCUGGAGGGCAAAGUGGUCAGCCUGCAGCGGCACGUCGCCGAGCUGGUCAGCAAACCUCCGCCAAGAACGACCAGCGGUCUGGAGGCGGAGAGCGGCAGGCGUGGCGGCAGCAGCAGCAGCAGCAGCGGCGGCCAUCACAACCACGGCAACCACAGCAGCAGCAGCAGCAGCGGCGGUGGUGGCGGCGGCGGCGGCGGCAGCAGCAGCAGCGGCGGCGCGGCCCACUUCAGGUCUCCAUGGCAACAGAGCGUGAACGUGUUCGGCUCGUGGAGCAGGCCGGAGUGUGUCGAGGAGCUGCACCAGCAAGCGCAGCUCAACCUCCAGAGCCUGCUGCAAGACUUUGAGGAGCAGUUGUACGACACCAAGCUGACUGGUCAGACGUUCCGGCAUCCGUCCUCGCAGAGCUCCGACGACACGUCCACCUCGCUCAGCCGGUCGCCAAUCUCCUUCAACAACAAGAGACCUGACUUCAUCUUCCUGCCGGCGUCCAAGCAGCUCUACGAAGAUGAGACCACCUCCUCUGUGUUCGGGCUGAGGUCCAUAACCGACCCGUCUCCCUCGCCGUCGCCGUCCCCCUGCGGCUCAGAUCGCCCCCCGGUGGCCUGGAGCAGCAACAACAGCAGCAGCAGCACGGCCACCACCGCCACCGGGCCGCCCGUCGCUGAGAAACCCCGCUGGCAUCUGGGAAAGCGCGUGCAGGCUCACAUCAUCCCGCUGGACGUCACAGGUGAAGGAGGCAAAUUCCUGGGCGUCGACCUCCUCCAGUGCUCCCCGUCCCCCUCCCCCUCUCCGGGGGACCCCUUCCCCCAGCAGCCCCGCUCGCUGGAGCCCGUCAGCGACACGCCCCACCAGAACCUCCCCCUGAGGAAGACCCACUCUGACCUCGACGCAACCCUAACUGCAGAUCACAGUUUGGAGGCUCCCGCCCCGGAGCAGCGUCUCCUAAGAACCAUGGAUCACUCUGGGCUGCUGUGCUCCAACACACCCUCCCCUUCCUGGAACGGACCUAAAGGCUCCACCUUUUCUCCCGGAGCAUGGAACGAAGCGUACAGCUACAGUGUAAACAAGGGCCCGGCAGUACCGCCCAAACAGCACAGCAUCAUGGGUAACACAGGUGCAGGAACAGGGGUGGGCUUGGCGAGUUCAGAAUCACAUUCCAGUUCCUUCACAUCGGUAUCGGACACGUCUGUAGGGAGAGGAGGGAACAGUAUGAUAGGGGUUUCCGCGGCAACAAUGAUAAUUGGGAGACGAAACGAGACAGAAGGAGCGGCGGCGGAUGGAGGAAGAGGAGGAGGAGGGGGAGGGGGAGUGGGUGAAGCGGUGAGAGGGAGGGAGAGAUCAGCACGUUCAAUUGCCGCAGCGAACGCCUUCAAGUUCCGGGAGCGCUCCCUUUCCACACCAACUGAUUCCGGUUCUUUCUGCUCGGCAGAUAAUAUCUGUGGUGGUAUGAGCCAAACAGUCGCUGCCUCUACAGGCAACGGGAACGUCAUGGCGACAACAGACCAUCAUCAACAGCAUCACAACUUCCUGGGUAUGGGUGAGAACUACGCACUCAUGUACCCCAGUGGUAGCUCAGAGGACAGCGCCAGCACCACUGACACAAUCUCCGUCACGGCUUCAGACUACAGUGCUGACGGCCGCUUGCGCCUGCGUUCCCGUUCCAUCUCGCUUAAGAAAUCUAAACGCAAACCACCUCCUCCGGUCAGGAGCGUGUCUCUCAUGAAAAACCUCGGGGAAGCCGAGGGGCAAGUCCACCAUGACAGAGGUCUUUACCGGGACGGACGGCCGAAGAGCCUGCACAUCCCCAGAGAUCACUUCCCAGACUUUCAGCCAGAUUUCCUCCUGCCCAGCUCGUCCUGCUCUCCCAAGCCUGGCAUCGGUGAGGGGGACCUGGGUCACAGAGGCAGCGAUGGGCCCCCGAGCCUGGAGGUCCAGGGACCAGAGAGGGAGGAGGAGUCAGAGCUGACAUUCCCAGCUCAUUGGCAACUAGGGGAAUGGAAGAACAAUGACCCCUACAGGUCCCUAUCAGGCUCCAGUACAGCAACAGGUACCACAGUGAUAGAGUGCAUGAAAGUGAGAGGCAGCUCAGAGUCGCUGCUGGACUCCCCCUCCACCUCCAGAGCCACCUCGCCCUCACAGCUCUCCAUGGAAACCGAUACGAAGGCCUCUUCACCCUUCAAACCCCCAGGACUCAUGUCCCCAUCAAGUGGCUAUUCCAGUCAAUCAGAGACUCCCACACCAACCAUUCCACCCAAUCAAGUAGCAGGUGCGGGAACAGUGGGGACCACAGGGACGUUGGGGUGCAAGAUGCGUCCUAAGAUUCCAGAGAGGAAAUCAUCGCUACCUUCACCCAAGGACCCUGCGGCAAGGUCGAGGCUGUCCUUUGAGAUGCCUGUGAACGCACAUCUGGAACUGUCGUCAAUCAAGCCGAAGCAGAAGGCGAGCAGGCGGCACUCUGACACCUCGACGGCAGCAAAACCUGGGAAAAUCAGCCCCAGCUCUUCGCAGGCAUUGCCUGUUGUGACACAGAACGAGCUCAAGACCAUCCGCCUGCGCUCUGUUUCCCGUGGUGACCUGGAGGAUUGCCCUGAUGGGGCGUCGGACACCAUCGAAGAAGAACAGCAGAGCCGGGACCUAGGCGAGGACCCCAGCCCGCCCCCCACUGCCCCAAAACCCAAACCGCCUGUGGCUGUCAAGCCCCCCUUGCCCAAACGUCCUAUAAACCUCCUUCUAAAGUCUCCCUCCCCUUCCUCCACCUCUCCCCUUGCCCUUGACUCGCCCCCUGCCUCACCCGUGGACCGUCCUGUGCCCUUGGGCAACAUCUAUAAAGUCAUGAAGAAACCCAAACCCAAAAAACCUCCACCACAGGCUCCCACAAGCCCCUCGGUGCCCCAGGACCCAAACUCCUCCACCUUGCAAAAUGCCUACGAUCUGCCCUUCCUCCCUCACUCCCAGUCCCUCUUUGACCUUCCUCCACUUCCAGACCCCCAGCCUCUUCUGGAAGACCCAGGGAUGGAGCCUGAAUUUGACCCUGAUUCAGAGAUCCGUCUUGGGGAAGGAGGCUCCCUCCCCUCCCCCUGCAGCAACCAGGAGGCCCCGGAGCUUCAGGACAAGAGCAAGACGCUCCCCUCAAGGAUGACAAUCUCCUGUCUGGCUGAGCUGUCGGACAAAAAGAAACCCAAGGUUCCACCUCCAGUCCCCAAGAAGCCCAACGUGCUGCUCCUCCCCUCGUCGGUUCACUCCUCCACCAACGGCAGCGCAGACCGACAGACGCCGCAGACAGACAGUCCCGUGGGUCUGCGCUCUCCCGUGGGAACGUUCCCGCCGGAAGACAUUCCCGGUGCUCCAAGUGCUCCGGAAAGUCUUGAGAGAGAGGAGAACCACUUGGGAACGGACGAGGAGAGUUCAAAAGAUUCGUCGCUCCAGUCGUCGCUCCAGGACUCCUCCCUCACCGAGCUGGAGGGGAAGAUGGCCAGCACUGGGAUCGGGGCAGACGAGGCGGCGGAGGAGAGCAGCUCGGCGUCCAAUGAGAGGACGGUUCUCCACAUCGCCGAGGAAACGGAUGACGACUUGCUGGCCCACACGCCGACCACACACACCACCGAGGACCUGUUCACGAUCAUACACAGGUCCAAGCGGAAAGUCCUGGGUCGCAAGGAGCCGUCGGACUCCUUCGGCAGCCGUCAGAGUCUGGUGUCUCCGGUGAAGCACAGCGCGAGCGGCGGCGACCUGCGGGCGCUGACGCUGGGCGGCGGCCAGCGCUCCAGCUCCCGCAACGAGAACUUCAUGGCCCUGCUGCAGAAGAAAGGCAGCAAGUCUUCCAGCGGGGGGGCCCGGGUCUCCGCCAUGGAGCUCCUCAAAAGCACAAACCCUCUGGCGCGCCGCGUCACCGAGUUCUCCUCCGCGACCGCCGCGGCGACCGCGGAGGGAGGAGAUGCGGCGGCGGCGGCCGGGAACGGCAAACCCAACGAGCAGUGAGCGGAACGGAGCGUUUGACGGAAAAAAACGAUCCGUUUUUGUUGUCGACAAAAGCCACCGACCAUCCAACCGAUUAAUCAAAAGCCACCCAACCCGCGGGGGACCGGGGCGUCCGUCCAACCGGAUCGCUCCAACCUCUGAUUGACAGCUUGCACCGUCCAAUCGUAUCGGACCACACCUCCGGAUUAAAAUGGUCCCUCUGUCUUUUCCUGUUGGAGCGCCGUCGUUCCCCGUCAAUCUGGUCCCAUAUCACAGUCCUGGCUGUGUUUUCUGAUGGAAACGUGUGGAGGUUUUGUUCAGUGUGGAGGCAAAAAAGGAAAAAAAAAAAAAAAGAUGGAUGGAUGGAUGGGAUGUACAAAUGCCGGGAAUAUGAGGAUCCACAACGCACGGGAGGUCUUUAUUUCCUGGCUCCUUCCUGGAACCCGCCCUCGCCGAAACAUCGACAAGUCAAACACACAAAAAAAAAAAAAACGCACACGGAAUAAACGAAGGGCGACGGGAGCGUUUUCGAACGAGUCCGACUGGUGCGGCUACGGCGGAAAAAAAAACAAACAAAAAAAACGCCACCCGAACCCGCGGACCGGACGACAGCUGUGUCUUUUCUCUCCGUGGUUCAAACGAAAAACCACAGCAGGCGCCGACCAUCAAAAGACGAGGAA